UCCCAGCCGUCAAUUGACGUAGUGACGAGGGUCCACGUUUAUGCGUCCGCCACCCUGCAAAUUCAGUCGCGGUGCUUGCACUGGAACAUCUCGCUCCAGACUCAUUCCAAUUCUCGUAGCUCUGUUUUUUCCUACCACCAUCCCCUCUUCCAUAGGGAAGCUAUUUAAGUUGGAUAGGCCCCUAAGAACAUUGUCCUUGCGCUUGUUUGCAAGUUUCAAGAGCUCUCAAAGAGCUAAUUGGAAUCGCCUCCUCUGCUAUGGCUAUGGCGGCAUUGGCACCAGCUCAAGCCACCAGCCCCAUCGCUUCAUGUCAAGCUGUACUCAAACCCUCGGCAUUGAAGGAUGCGAGGCACUCAAAGAUUAAUGCUUUGUAUUCUUCUCUGAACGGGACUGCGUGCGUGUUUACAUGCGACUCGCCUCUUAGGAAGGGAGCUUCAGUUUCUCAUGGCCAUGUGCGCUGCACCCUUGCGGAGGAUGUGCAUACCAGGGAUCGAGAUGAUGUCCGAACCUACAAAGGCUAUGAACGUCCUGACUCCUUUGGGAGAUAUGGUGUCUAUGGAGGGAAAUACGUCCCUGAGACCCUUAUGGCUGCUCUUAGUAAUCUGGAGGUAGCAUAUCGUGCAACAAUCAAGGAUCCCGAAUUCCAGAAGGAGCUUAAUGGCGUGCUUAAGGACUACGUGGGCAGGGAAACCCCUCUGUACUUUGCUGAACGCCUAACUGAGCACUAUAAGCGUGACGGGAAAGGUCCCUUGAUUUAUCUUAAGCGGGAGGACCUUAACCACACUGGCGCUCACAAGAUCAACAACGCCAUUGCCCAAGCUUUGUUGGCGAAGCGGAUUGGAAAGAAGCGCAUUAUUGCUGAGACAGGGGCAGGUCAGCACGGUGUUGCCACAGCUACAGUAUGUGCUCGCUUUGGACUCGAGUGCAUUGUAUACAUGGGUGCCCAGGAUAUGGAAAGACAAGCUUUGAAUGUAUUCCGAAUGCGUCUUCUUGGAGCUGAGGUUCGUCCUGUAAAUUCUGGCACUGCCACCUUGAAAGAUGCAACCUCAGAGGCUAUUCGUGACUGGGUUACGAAUGUGGAAACGACUCAUUAUAUUCUUGGCUCAGUUGCUGGGCCGCACCCGUACCCUAUGAUCGUGAGAGACUUUCAUGCAAUGAUCGGAACUGAGGUUCGUCGCCAGGCAAUGGAAAAGUGGGGUGGAAAGCCGGAUAUUCUUGUCGCUUGUGUUGGGGGAGGCUCAAAUGCAAUGGGGUUAUUCCACGAAUUUAUCGAAGAUGAAGAAACUCGUCUCAUUGGUGUUGAAGCAGCUGGCUUUGGUACUAAUACAGACAAGCACGCUGCCACCUUGACCAUGGGAGAAAUUGGUAUCUUACAUGGUGCAAUGAGCUAUUUGCUCCAGGAUGCUGAUGGCCAGAUUAUUGAACCACAUUCAAUUAGUGCGGGAUUGGAUUACCCAGGUGUUGGUCCAGAGCACAGUUUCCUGAAGGAUGUUGGUCGAGCAGAGUACUUCAGCGUGACUGAUGAUGAAGCCCUGGAAGCAUUCCAGAGGUUGUCCAAGCUGGAGGGUAUCAUUCCGGCACUGGAGACAUCUCAUGCCCUAGCUUUCUUGGAAAAACUUUGCCCUACACUUGAAGACGGUACCCGAGUGGUCCUCAAUUGCAGUGGUCGUGGUGACAAGGAUGUCAACAGCGUCAUUGGUUACUUGAAAGGAAAGUACUGAAUCUCAGUAUGAAGAUUGUGGGGAAUGUCUCACUUCAAUUAUUGUCAUUCCACGUUUUUUUGCAAUGAGUUUUUCCAGCCUCUUUAAGAAUUGGUAAGGCAGAGAAGAUGUCUCGUCUUUGCGGGCCAUUGUUGUAAUCGAGAGCAGUGCAUUAUCUGCGCUGAACAGAUAUCAGUCUGGAGGUAUUUAGGUUUAAUACACAGAACAUGGAGUUCUUUUAUAUCCUUUUUCUGCCUUAAGGAGCAUUCACUUGAAGAAUGUUGUUGCUGCAGUGGUUCACAAUGCCUUACAAAGAUAUUGAAGCUGCCCCCCUUAUCCACGUAGUUGUGCAUGUGUUGCUGGCUACAUGCGCCAGUUCACAAUUGACUACAACCUCCUUUUCCAGAGAAACAGAGCUAAGAGCUAUGGAAGCACAUACGAGUGGUUUCUUAACAUGGAAUAUAUAUACAUA